AUGGCAGAGAAGUGCCGUAUCAAGCUGCUUCCGCUUGAUGAUCAAGGAGUCCCAAGAUAUGAUGACCAGACGGGUGAAGUCUUGAUACCUGAAGAUGACUUUCUAUUGUACAAAGGAAUGUGUGAUAAGACUAUGAUUUUAUUAGAUCAUUGGAUUGAUAAUAGAGAAAAACUAGAGGCCGAGUUGGAAAUAAUCGCCGAGGAUCUUGAUCGCUGGGAAUACGGGACUAAUAUUUCAACGACAGUCGGCUCAGUAGCAGGGAUUGGUGGAGGUGCUGCUAUUAUUACUGGGAUGAUUGUUAUGCCGCCGAUGGCUGUUGCAGGCUUGGCUGUUGGCGGAGCGGCUGCUGUGUCAAAUUUAACCACUGGUAUCCUCAAAAAAAAUGUAAAUAUUGCCAUGAAAAUGUUGGAGUACGAUAAACAGCUGACUGAGAAUUUGGCUAACGGCAUUGUCAUGCUAGAAGAAACUGAGUCAACAGUCUUAUCGAAAAAUAAAAUUCAUGUUGAAAAGCGAACGGGCGACCCGAUUAAUCGUGAUACAGUCAUGAAUGGUAUAAGUGUAGGCGCUGUCACGGUCGCCGGUGGAGCUGCUCGUUUGUUGCUCAAGGAAUCGACUGUUAUUGAAUCAGCUGCAUUGAAGGGAGCCGUACAUGCCGCUACAGCUAUAGGGAUUGCGAUUGAUGUAUUGACAGCUAUUCAGAGUGUCAGGUGCUCAAACCUGCGUACAUGUCGUUAUCGUACCGAACCAGAAUAA